CUCUCCUAAUGAGAACCAGAAGGAAAUAUAACAGACAUCUUCGCUCAGAGAAUUAUAUACUACAAGGUAAGAAUUCUCCAGGCAUUGAGGUCAAGAUAAUGGAUGCCAUGUUAUGUGAUGAGCUUUUACAAGAAAUCUUCAAGAGAUUACCUUCAAAAUCAUCAUCUUCUUCUUCCUCUUCUUCUUCAUCGUCUUCUUUAUCGGUUUGUUUAGUCUCUAAGCGUUGGCUUCAUCUUUACAGGACUUCAAAGACUUCUCUUUCUCUCAAACUCAUCCCUCAUGAUUCGGUUGUUUCUUCUUUGUCGUCUCUUCUUUCUCACUACCCUUCUCUUUCUUCUCUUUCUCUUGCUUUUUCUUCCUCUGAACCUAUAAUUACCACUACCUCUUUCUGUGAUAGUAUUCUUUUUGUUGUUUCUUCUUCAUGUAAUUCUAAGCUUAAACUCCUUCGUUUUUUGGCGGGUCCUGUCUCUGUAAGCUCUUUGCUUUCUCUUUCCGGAGCUUGUAAUUCCCUUACUUCUAUUACUGUUUCUGUCUCUAGGCCGCUUUUUCUCAACUGGGUUGCUUCCUUUUCUUGUUUAAAGGAGCUGUCUUUGUAUGCUUGUGAUGGUGAUGGUGUUCAAGAUGGAAACUUUGAUUGUUACAGAGAAACUGGGAUGCAUUUAAAUGAGGAAAUCGAUGCAGAAUUGUGUUUGGAGAGUCUUUUUUUAUCUGGGAUUCGUUCUGAUGAUUUGGCUGUUGGUUGGUUGUGGAGGAGCUGUAGAAGACUUAAAAAAUUGCAGCUAAAAAGCUGUUCAGGUAUUGGAGAUGGAGGGUCAUUUUCGUCCUUUGUGACAUGCUUGCAGGGUCUUCAGGAAGUGGAGUUGAGGACUUGUAGGAUUAUAGUUGAUGUUGUGUUACUGAAAUUAGCUGAGAAUUGUGAGUCCUUAAUUUCUCUGUUGGUAUAUGAUGGUUGUAGCAGAGAUGGUUUACUUCAGUUCAUGAGUAACAGCAGAUGUAAUUUGCAAAAUCUUGAUCUUCGAUUACCGCUAGACCUUAGCAACGAUCAUCUCUCAGCUGCGGCUGUGAAUUUCAGGUGUCUAUCAACUCUUAGGCUUCAAAGUUGUUGCCUUGUCACUGGAGAUGGCCUAAAGACUCUUGGGAUUGCCAUGAGUUCAGGGCUUCAGGAAUUGGCCCUAAUAAACUGUGAUGUUGUUGAAAGAGAACAGGGGUUGCUUGCUACAUUAGGACAGAAUUUGAGGCAGUUAAGGAAAUUGGACUUGUCUUAUAAUGAGAUGUUGCUUGAUAAGGAGCUCAUUGCAAUGUUAAUUUCAUGUAACUAUCUGAUAGAAUUGAAGUUGAGAGGGUGUAAACGGCUCACAAAUAUGGUUGUGACUUUUAUGUCUAAGACUUGCAAGAGGUUGGAGAGCAUUGAUCUUAUGCAUUGUUGUGGGAUUACAGCUGAGGCAGUUGAGUCUUUUGUUCUCAACUCUCCCCAGUUGAGAAGAGUAGAGGUUGAGGAAAACAAGCUUUCUGAUGCCGCAAGGACAUGGGCAUCACAUAAAUUUAUAGAGGUAUUUAAUUGAUUGAUGGAAAAAUGAUGAAAUAACGGCCUUUUUAUUUAUUGGUAUUUCAGGAAAAUCAAGUAUAUAUCACAGAACUUGUUCUCUGUUUACUGUAAGUAACUCUGCUGCUGUGGGAUAGAAAGAGCCACUUUAACAGCCUGAAUAAUUAUGUUUAUAAACAUUGUUCAUAUUUUCAAUAAGACAUGUGCAACAAUCAGUGUUGAAACCUU